UGAGCCCUUCGAAGAUUCAAAGAAGGCACUCGAGAGCCAGCGAGGGAAAGAAGAGAGAGAUAAUGGGGCGGAAGAACUUUCCUGUUCUGGAGGUUCAUCCCCUCUUCCUCCCCCUGUCUUCCGUUCAUUCACCUUCCGGAUAUUCUUCCCAUAUACCCACUUCGUUCCUCGUCCGUUACCCGAUUCUCAUUCCCCCAUCCGAGGCGCAUCCGCUUUCCAGUUUCUGUCGGGUUCCACACGGCGACCAUGGUCAUUUCCUCUGUGUUCACGACGCCUGCAGCUCCGCCUCUUCUCGCAUGCAAAUCGGGGUUCAAUCAGGCGCCUCUGCCUGUUCACAUGAGGUUAGGCAUAUCUAAGUCAUCACAGCUGUCUAAUGGAAGAUUGUCGCUACCUGGGUUCUCAUGCACACAUCAGGAGAGCAUAGUUGCCCUGAAUCCUGAUAGUACAGUGAAGCCUGAAGGUAGAGUGAAAAUAUUCUCUGGGUCAGCAAACCUUCUGCUUGCACAGGAAAUUGCCUCCUACAUGGGCAUGGAACUUGGUAAGAUUAACAUCAAACGCUUUGCUGAUGGGGAGGUCUAUGUGCAACUGCAAGAGAGUGUAAGGGGCUGCCAUGCGUUUCUUGUGCAACCAACAUGCCCCCCAACAAAUGAGAAUCUUAUGGAGCUCUUGAUCAUGAUAGAUGCAUGUCGGAGAGCUUCCGCACGAUCCAUUACAGCUAUCAUUCCAUAUUUUGGAUAUGGUAGAGCAGAUAGAAAGACUAAAGAACGUGAGUCCAUUGCAGCUAAACUUGUUGCAAACCUGAUCACAGAAGCUGGAGCCAACCGUGUCGUUUCUAUUGAUUUCCAUUCUGGACAGGCAAUAGGAUAUUUUGAUAUUUCUGUUGACCAAGUGUAUGGCCAGCCUGUGAUUUUGGAUUACUUGGUUAGCAAAAACAUUCCUUCAAAGGACUUGGUUGUUGUCUCACCUGAUGUGGGUGGGGUUGCUCGUGCACGUGGUUUUGCCAAGAAGUUGUCAGAUGCACCUUUAGCUAUUGUCGACAAAAGGCGUCAAGGCCAUAAUAUUUCUGAGGUUAUGAACUUGAUUGGUGAUGUGAAAGGAAAGGUUGCUGUUUUGGUGGAUGACAUGAUUGAUACUGCCGGGACUAUCACUAAUGCGGCAGCUUUAUUACAGCAGGAAGGUGCUAAUGCAGUGUAUGCAUGUUGCACUCAUGCUGUUUUUAGCCCUCCUGCAAUAGAGAGGCUGUCCAGUGGUGUGUUUCAGGAAGUGAUAAUAACAAACACUAUCCCAGUUGCAGAACAUAAUUAUUUCUCUCAACUAACUGUCCUUUCUGUUGCAAACCUUCUAGCUGAGACCAUCUGGCACAUACAUUCUGAUGGCUCUGUUAGUGGUAUGUUCAAGUAAGGUUAUGGCAGGAGGAAUUUUGAUGAAGUUCAUCAUGGGCUUGGCAAAUUGAGCAGGCAAAACCAAAAAAUUACUGCUAGUAUAAGUUGUUGUCUUUUUAUGUUUGCUAAAAGAAGUCAUUCAAGGAACCGUAGUUAUAUUGCCGGCCUUUGUGUUCAUCAACGAAUGAUUGGGAACAAUGAAGAAUAGCACAUGACUUUUCUGUUGUUUCCAACCUCCCACACCGCAUGGGCAGGAAGUAUACUGUCACUCUUUAUUUACUGCUUCCGCUCUGGAAAACAGACGUUUUUUGUUCUCAGGGACUAAAAUAUGAUGAAAAAGAUAAAGGCAUGCCUUUUCUUCAGCUUAUGCAGAUGAGCUUUUUUUGAAGCGUCGCACAACUUGGCAGGCAGAUCGAGUUGAAAUCUUCUUAUAUUAAAUAACAUGUUUCUGCCACACGAAUUUAUUGGGACAUCAUCAACAUCCAACGGCUUCAGAAGUGGAACACUGAUGUAGUGCAACUCAGAGGAAUCAUCUUCGGGAACAGGUACGCAUGUGUCUGACACGCUUGCUGCCAGUAGAGUAGAAUGGUAAUAAGUAGAAAGCAUCCGAAGAGACCAAGUAGCAUCAGAGGGACGAGGAAAGGGGAACCCCUGGUAGACUGAGACCUGCGUCGGCAAUAAAGAUGUAUGCGGAUGGGUCGUGGAUGCGGUAACGCAUGAGUGAUGUCGGUGCUGGAUCGGUUGUGCCGUACGUUCCCAGUGAAACUGUUCUUUCUGCCACUCUGCUCAUCCAUUGCUUCUCCAUCAGACCGGCUGUUAUCUCCGACUUGAACAAUCCAGUAGCUAUAGAGUUCACUCGACAGCUCCAGCGCCAUCACCUGUUCCAACGACACAACACAUAAUAUUGUCGGAUAUCUGUCAUUAAGACACGAGAAGAAUAAGCCCUCCUUUCCGAUGGCCAAAACGACAUCGUCGUGCAUCAAUUUGAGGUGAUAGCUGCCAUCAAAACGUACGUAGGCAGUGAAAUUUGUGCCGCUACUUAUACGGAAUUUAUAAAGGAAAGUAUUAGAUGAGUCAACCCAACGAGUUACGAAGGUGGGGUAGCUUAUUUACAAUCAUGUUGAAUUUGGGAUAUGGUAGCAUCUUAUUCACUAAUCCCUCAGUUAUGUAUUAACAUGUUAACUAUAUGACAUUGAAAUAUCAGUUACGUGAUGUCAAAGUAUCGAUCAUGAGACAUCAAGGUGUUGAUCACGUAACUAUGAAGUAUCGGUCAUGUAGUAUCGAUGUAUCUACCAUGUGAUUCUAAGGUAUCGAUUGCGUAGUGACAAGAUGUGCAUCAUGUGAUAUCGAUAUGUUAACUACAUGAUGUCAAGACGUACAAGAUGUGCAUCACGUAGUAUCGAUUCUCUAUUUUACUGGAGAAAGAUA